UUUUGACGUAUUGUGUCCUCCACUAUAAUCCACUUCGUAGAUUGAGCAAUGGUGUAGUUGAAUUAUAAAUAAAAUCUAUUUCCGCUAAUUAGAUUUUCGCGACACGUCUAUCAUUUACUCUCGUAACGCGCCAGCUUUCACCAAAGACUUAAUUCGAAAUUCAAAAUGACGCUCGAAGGGAACAAGGACGAAGCUGAGAAAUGUAUCGAUAUCGCGCAGGCAGCAUUUUCUGCGGGGAAUACGGAGAAGGCUGAGAGGUUUCUGUUGAAAGCUGAGCGCUUGUAUCCCACGGCGCGUGCUAAGGAGCUGUUGACGCGGGUGCGGGCCGCAGGGAGCUCGGGAGGUCGCAAGACUCCGCCCCGAAGGGAGCCUGCUGAAGAAGUGAGGAGACGUAAGGCUCCUACCCACCAGGCGCCGCAGCGCGAGUACACGACAGACCAGCUGGAGGCCGUGCGCCGGAUUAAUACCAAAUGCAAGGAUUAUUACGAAAUUUUGGGCGUGACAAAGGAGGCGACGGAUUCGGACAUCAAGAAGGCGUACAAGAAGCUGGCGCUCCAGCUCCACCCCGACAAGAACCAGGCGCCCGGAGCCAGCGAGGCCUUCAAGGCGAUCGGCAACGCGGCGGCCGUGCUGACGGACCCCGAGAAGCGCAAGCUGUACGAGGCGCGCGGCGAGGAGCCCCCCGCGCACGCGCACGCGCACGCGCACGCCGCGCAGCACCAGUACUACGCGCGCGGGUUCGAGUCCGACCUCACCGCUGAGGAGCUCUUCAAUAUGUUCUUUGGCAAUGCGGCGUUCCCGGGCGCGGGCGCGGGCGCGGGCGGCGUGUACUCGCGGCGGCGCGCGCGCUCGCCGGAGCAGCGCGAGCACGCCGGCCUGCUGCAGCUGCUGCCCGUGCUGGUGCUCGUGCUGCUCUCCAUGAUGAGCGGCUUCUUCAUCAGCGAGCCCGUCUACUCGCUGCAGCCCAGCUCCAAGUAUCCCGUGCCGAGGGAAACUGUCAGCCUUAAGGUGCCGUACUAUGUGAAGGACAACUUCCACACCGACUACCAAGGCUCGCUCCGACGACUGGAAAUGGCUAUAGAGGAGGAAUACAUAGUGGGGCUGCGGCACGCGUGCCAGCGCGAGCGCAACUACCGCGACAGCAUGGCGUGGAAGGCGCGCAACUUCGGCGACUCGCGCCAGUACGCGGACGCCCAGAAACUGCGCACGCCAUCUUGCGAGAAGCUUCAACAGUUCCACCGAUAGAGGGCGCCGUUGUCAACUUGUUUUAUUUUAUAUAGAUGGCGCGGUUAUCGAUCAUAACAUGUAUUUAUUUUGGGUCUCUAUUGUUUCCCAAAUAGUUUAAUCGUAAUCAUAAUAAUCAUUUAUUUAUUUCUUGAAUGCGGUACAAUAAAGAUGUAAAAAACAAUUUUUGAACAGCACAUCCUGCCUGAAUAGGCAUAGAAAUAUUGAAUAUUACCUAUAACUAUUAUGACUAGAUUCUUAUGACCUACCGUGCAGCAUGCAAAAGUAAUACAGCCACGAUCUUUAAAUACUACAUUAUAUUAUAAAAUAUGCGGUAUAUAGUUUAAAAAUUCUUUCAAUGAGUAAAAAGCAUUUUGUACCAAAAAGUCCAACAAAUAAAAAAAAAUUAAAUAAAAAUCAUAAUGUAUAGUUUGUCCGAAUUUUCGUUAGUCAUAAUUGGUUUUUCUCAGAAACGCGUAACUUUUCAGGAUUGCCAUAAAACAUACCUAACCUAACCUAUCUAUAGAAUAACCUUACGAAAAUCCUGAAAAGUUAACGGUUUCAGUUUUAUGACUACCGAUAAUAUGACAAACAAUACAUUAUGACUUAAAACUUUAUAUAAGUAUGGGAAACAAAGGGACCCCAUUUAUUAACUUCACAUCUAAAAUGACUCGGAGCACUUUUCAAACAGUUCUUAGCGCGUUGUUAUAUAUAAUAUAUGUUACGUUAACGAAAUGCGUCUGACAUUUUAAUGCUUUCAAAUAAUGUUUUAGCCAGGUGAGGGGCAGACUUUUCACAUUUCACACUUUUAUUGGUAAAAAUUAAUACAGAUUUUUCCACGUCAUAAUACAGCAUAAUUUAAGAUUUAACUUAAAUUUACGGUAGAUAUAAUACAAUUUCAAAAUGUCCAUUAUGUGUGGUACAUGUCAAAACAAAUAAUCAAAGAAUUAUAUUUUAAAUUGAUUU